GGAGCUCUUCAGAUUGAGGAGAUACAAAAGUGAAAGUAACACGAAAUUGCGUAAAAAAAAAGAUAAAAGUUGUCAAAAUGGUUGUGAGAACAUACAAUGAUGAGCUGAAGUAUUUGGAGAAAAUUGGAAAUUGUUGUUGGAGAAUAAAGAAAGGCUUUGUGGAUAACAUGAAUGUGGAGGGCAUUUUUUAUACAAAUGAAACUUUGGAAAAAUUGAUGUUUGAUGAACUAAAACAGUCCUGUCGAAGUCAGGGGUAUGGUGGAUUUCUGCCGGGAAUGAAACAGAUCGCAAAUGUGGCUUCUCUUCCUGGAAUUGUUGGGAAGUCUAUAGGGCUACCUGAUGUUCAUUCUGGUUAUGGAUUUGCGAUAGGCAACAUGGCUGCCUUUGACAUGGGAAACCCCGAGUCAGUGGUCUCCCCUGGAGGAGUGGGGUUUGACAUUAACUGUGGGGUUCGUCUUCUGCGUACCAAUCUUUAUGAGAAAGAUGUGGCUCCCGUGAAGGAACAGCUGGCCCAGUGUAUGUUUGAUCACAUCCCAGUGGGUGUGGGCUCCAAAGGAAUCAUACCAAUGACUGCUCAGAAUUUAGAAGAGGCCUUAGAGAUGGGAAUGGACUGGUCACUCAGGGAAGGGUAUGCCUGGGCAGAGGACAAAGAACACUGUGAAGAGUACGGGAGGAUGUUACAGGCCGAUCCCUCCAAAGUCAGCAGCAGGGCCAAGAAAAGGGGCCUUCCACAGUUGGGAACGCUAGGUGCAGGUAACCACUAUGCAGAGAUACAGGUGGUGGAUGAGAUCUAUAAUAAGUUCGCUGCGAAGAAGAUGGGGAUCGAGUCUAAGGGCCAGGUGUGUGUGAUGAUCCACUGUGGGAGCCGCGGGCUGGGCCACCAGGUGGCUACAGACUCACUGGUUGCCAUGGAAAAAGCUAUGAAGCGUGACAACAUUAAUGUAAAUGACCGACAGUUGGCCUGUGCCAGAAUUAACUCCCCUGAAGGUCAAGACUACCUUAAAGGAAUGGCUGCAGCUGCCAACUAUGCAUGGGUGAAUCGUUCAAGCAUGACCUUCCUGUGCCGGCAGGCCUUUGCUAAGAUGUUUGAUAGUACCCCAGAUGACCUGGACAUGUUCAUGAUCUAUGAUGUAUCACACAACAUAGCCAAAGUGGAGGAACAUUUUGUUGAUGGCAAGCAGAGGACCUUACUGGUUCAUAGGAAAGGUUCCACACGAGCGUUCCCUCCCCACCACCCCCUCAUUCCAGUGGACUACCAGCUGACAGGACAGCCAGUUCUGAUUGGAGGAACGAUGGGAACCUGUAGCUAUGUAUUGACAGGGACUCAGCAGGGAAUGGAAGAAACCUAUGGCACCACGUGUCAUGGAGCUGGAAGAGCCUUGUCUAGAGCUAAGUCCAGGAGGAAUCUGGACUACACAGAAGUGCUCAGUGCUCUAGAGGAAAAAGGAAUCAGUAUUAGAGUUGCCUCCCCUAAGUUGGUCAUGGAGGAGGCCCCAGAGUCUUACAAGAAUGUCACUGAAGUGGUUGAUACAUGUCACAUGGCAGGAAUCAGUCGGAAGGCCAUAAAGCUUCGUCCAAUUGCAGUAAUUAAGGGAUGAUAUACUAAAAGACAUGAACGAGGCUUUACCUAUGGAAUAUAUCAUUUUGGACUAUUGGUGCAAUAAAAGUAAAAUCUAAUUAAAGUGUGGUUUAAAUUGUUUAACUUAGAUUGUAUGAAUUUGGCAGAAUCUACAGAUUUAAUGUACUUGAGGUUGAAUAUCCAACUCAAACAACAUUUCAUUUAACAUAAUUGUUAUAUUUUAAUUUAAUUGUGAUAUUUUUGUCAAAUACUUGUGUUGAUUUUUUCCUGUUGAGGUGGAGACUCUUUAGGAUCAAGUCCAUCAGAAAAUGAUUAUUAUCCCUUAAUAGUAAAAAGAUUGUAAGAAUUAAUGUAGAAUUGUGUUUGAAAAGAUAUACAAAAUGUACAUACAUGUACAUUGAGUUUUUAUGCUUAUGUUUAUCAUGUUUCAAACAGAAAGUCCCUUUAAUACCUGUUGAAUUUUUUAUGUGCCAAAUUAUAUUGAAAAUGAAGAACUUUCCUAAUGU